AUGGACGUGGCAGUACCAUCAUCUCCAGCGGCGAAUCUCGAAUGGGCGAAACAUUUCGUGGCGAAAAUGUCGAAUGAGCAACGACAACUUCUUCAACAAAUGUACAUUGCGGAUCAGGAGAAAAAGAAGAAAGCGAGAGAAGAAGAGUUGGCGAAACAACAACAGGCAAUUCUCGACUCACUAACACGACAGAUUCCGAUUACUGUUGACGUCGUCAGAGCGACGACUCCACCAGAAUCACAAGCGAGCAGUUCGAGCAGUGUUGUAAGCUGUUAUGGAGAGGAAGAUCAUAUCACAGUGAAAGAUGCGGUCAUGGGAAAGCUGAAAAACGCAAGCCGCUGCGUUCCGAACGGUUCACCGAAACCAUAUCGUCCACGAACAACGAGAGAACGUGUUCUAUUUGAUUCACAUCUCUACGUCUUCGACAAAUGUUCGUACGAUUCGAAGAAGAAAUUCUACAGAUGUGAGAAGAAGAACACGUGUCCAGCACGUCUUCAUACACCGUUCGAUUCGCCACGUGUCAUUCACAAAGUGCAAGUUCACAAUCAUCCUCCUCCAGCCACUCACGAUUUGUCUCAUUGGGAUAUUGAUUAUGGAAAAAUGAGAAGCGGAUUCAUUUAUCUACUCGUUCCAAAGCAAUCCCAAGGCCAAGCUCCAUCCCGUGCCAAUCAGAUGCCCCACUCUCUUCUUCUCACUCCAAAAUCCGAUUUCGACGGAGAUCGUUCGGAGAAAAGUGUGACUCCAACACCAAUGGAUUUCCUCACCAAAUUAGCCAAUCAACUCGACGACAAAAAAGUGGUUUCAGUCAAACUUCCAGCGAAAUUCAGCAAUUUGAAUCAGAGUGAAGUAUUCGAGAUCGAGUUGGCACUCACGAAGUUCUUGUUGUCUCAACAUGAUCUUCGCAAUGAGUUUAUCAACUAUCUCACUAAUAUUCCAACAUUCUUCCCAAAUGCUCCAAAGAAUGAGUUGAUUCUUUUUGUGGCGGAUUUCUCUGUGCCGGAUGCACCAUUCCAUAUGCUUACAGUCAAGGAGAGAAAUGAGAAAUCGAUCCGCGCCGCCAUCAUGCAAUAUCUGAAACAGGUGCCAACUCGUGCUCUCAUGGUGAAUGUCUGUGCUCGAAUCAAUGUUCCACUGUCCCAACAGAUGAUUGACGAGUGGAAAACUGAAGAGUUCAUUCGUCUCGACUUCUCUAAGCCGAAUGCGUGGAAGGUGCAUCGUAUCACCAAGCUCCAUGAAUAA